AUCAGAUUUUGGUUUAACCGGUCGCGUACUCCCACUGUCCCACACCUUGCCUCUCGCCAUUCUCUCUUCGUCCUUCGUUUCUUUAGCGGCGGCGGCUGCCUCACCGGAGGAGCCGUCGAUGAGCCUCUUUCCACCGUCCCAGUGUUGCGGACCUCUCCCCAAUUUCUACUCAUAUUCUCUCAAAGCAAAUACCCCUUCCUUACCCUAUUUCGGCUUUUCGGCCAUCGUUCUUGAUCUCUAUUGGAGUUAAAAGAAAAAUAAAGAAUAUUCAGGUAUUCUAGUGUCAGCAAUGGCUGCUGAGUCACCAAGUUCCGUUCGUAAAGUGGUUGUUCAUCUGAGAGCCACUGGUGAUGCUCCUAUUCUCAAGCAAUCUAAAUUCAAGAUAGCAGGAGCUGAUAAAUUUGCAAAGGUGAUAGACUUUCUUAGACGGCAACUCCACAGGGAAACAUUGUUUGUAUAUGUCAACAGUGCUUUUUCACCCAAUCCUGAUGAAUCAAUCAUUGAUUUGUAUACUAAUUUUGGUUUUGAUGGCAAAUUGGUGGUCAACUACGCAUGUUCUAUGGCAUGGGGCUAAUUCUGAAUGAUUCUUGCUAAACAUAUGAUUUCUUCUUAUUAAUUGUGAAUACGUUUAGUUUUGACAAAAAGAUAGAAUGGAACAGAAACAUGAAACCCAAAAAUUUGUUGUUUUUUUGAAUUAUUUUUUUUCUUCCUUUGCGUGUAUAAAU